AUGUGGUCAAAAUCAGCACUGGCUCAGGAACGUAAACAUGUUUCAUACACAGGCAACGUUACUGACGAGCUGUAUGAAAUUUUUAAAAUGCUAAGAAUCAGAUACAGCAUUUCGCCAUCCAGGAAACCAGUGAGAGUAGCUAUACCUUGCGAAGAAAAGGUUGAGGACUGCCUCUUUGUCAAAUACAACACACCUGUUAGAGUUGAAAGGAAAAGUUACCUCGAAAAUGAGCCGGAAACCAACGAUCGCGUGCGUGCAGACUCUCCAAAAGUAUCGGCAUCAGAUAUCCCUGCAGACUUCUGUAAAAUGAUGAUUUCCACAGACAAGCCAGCGGACGAAAAGACCAUGAAGUUGCUCACGCAGGAGUUUCCGAUGCGUGUCAAACGGGUGGGGAAUGACGUGUACGCUUCCACAGUGCGGGAGACUCAGACCUCGCCCAUGGAACUAGCUGGUCUCCUAAACGACCUUCGUAUGACUCUCAAACAACGAGCGGCCAGAGCACGUCCCCUGUGCCAUGUUCGUGAGGAAACACUCCACUGUCUUGCCAGAGAAUUGCUUAGGCAGCUUAUAAUUGACUGUCCAGAGAGGGGCCUACUGUUCAAACAAGUUUUGGAGGAACAUUACAAAUACAUCGAAUCUUACAAAGUCCUUAUGCAACACAAUGAUGCUUUCAUGUGUCGGAAGAAUCUCCAGGCUUUUCACACCAGAGGUACUCAACUUACAAAAGUACAGUACCUAGAGGACGAAAUAGAUGUCUUAAAACACCAGGCGAAGGCGCUGAAGGAGGCUGCGGAUAGGCUAGAGAAGAAGUACCAGGAGGAUAGAAGGAGCGCUGAAAGUCAAAGGCAAAAUGAACUGCGCUAUCUUCGUCAGCUGGGGGAACAACUCAAGGUUGCCAUUCUAGUCGUUAUUUUUAAAUCGCUGCCUAUGCCCUUCAGACACGAGGCGUCUCAUUCCUUCUUUGUCAUUUUGAGCGGAGUGCCGAUUCGACGAGGUCUGUACAGGGAAGCCUUUGGCGACUGGAUGGAUGAGGUGGAUGGGGAGGAGGGGGAUACCCCCAAAUUCGCUCGAAUGGCCCGCAUGCCCAUUGAUUUCUCCUUCAACAGUGACCUCGCGUUACUACGGCGGAUGAUUAACGAGAAUAGACUACAUGGGCACAAACUGUUGGCUUUUGGAAAGUGA